UGCCGCCCGCCUGGUCUCUUUACACGGACAAACAUCCCGGCUGUCGUUGGUCUCCGGGCGCAAUGAGCAGUGUUUUGAAUACAUCGCUGUCUCUCAGCUGACUCGAAGCAAGAUGGAAGAGGAGACAGACACCGCUGUUUCUUCGCGGACGGAGAGGAAGGCGUUGGAAAAGGCCAAAAUACUUCAACGAGAGAGCGAGAGGAAGCUCUUCCGACUGGUCGGACGGGUCCUGAAGAAACCGGAGGCUGAGCGAUCGGAGGAGGAGGCCGCCGUGUUGCUGCUGCACAGAGAAACUGUGGAGGAGCUCUGCAAGAGACAAGCCCGCAGGAAUGUGCUCAAGAGGAAGCAGGAGGAGGUGUAUGAUGAUGCGGAUAAGCUGAAGAGUAAAGUCAAGCAGCUGGCUGUGGCAGUCGAACAAGCGAAACACCUGGUGGUUUACACCGGAGCCGGUAUCAGCACGGCAGCUUCUAUCCCGGACUACAGGGGCCCCAACGGGGUGUGGACACAGCUGCAGAAGGGCCGGACCAUCGGUUCGUCUGACCUGAGUAAAGCUGAGCCGACCCUCACGCACAUGUGCAUUAGAAUGCUUCAUAAGGAAACGCUGGUAAAGCAUGUUGUUUCUCAAAACUGUGAUGGACUUCACGUGCGUAGCGGUCUACCCAGACAUGCGCUGUCCGAGCUUCACGGAAACAUGUUCAUCGAGGUGUGUACAUCCUGUUCCCCGGUCAGGGAGUAUGUCCGUUUGUUUGACGUGACGGAGCGGACGUCGCUGCACCGCCACGGGACAGGCCGCAGGUGCAGCCGCUGCGGCGGUGAACUCAGGGACACCAUCGUGCACUUCGGGGAACGCGGGACCCUGGAGCAACCUCUCAACUGGAAGGGAGCUGCAGACGCUGCAGAGAUGGCGGACGUUAUCCUCUGCUUAGGCUCCAGUCUUAAAGUGUUGAAGAAAUACGCUUGUCUGUGGUGCAUGAACAAACCAGCAAGCAAGAGGCCCAAACUCUACAUCGUCAACCUCCAGUGGACACCAAAAGAUGAUCUGGCAGUGCUAAAAAUUCAUGGCAAGUGUGAUGAUGUCAUGAGCCUCCUUAUGGCGGAGCUGGACGUUCAGAUUCCUGUGUAUCACCGGGCGGAGGACCCCGUCUUCAGUCUCGCCACAUCUCUGCUGCAGGAAGAGGUCCAGAGCCACACCCGUGAGGUCAUAGCUGCCCUCGAUGGACAGGAGGUCUGCUCACCUGGACCUGGAGAGCAGGCAGCAGAAGCCACGGCUGUGCAGGGCGGCUGGUUUGGACGAGGCUAUCGCAAAGGAAGGAAGAAGAAGAAAAAAGCUGCAUAAUCGAGGAAACUUUACAGACGCAUUCGUAUGUCCAUAUCCCAUAAGGACGAGAUGGACUUCAGGGUGCUGUUAUGUAUCAUUUAGUCACAUGCAGAGUGUGUGUGUGUGUGAGUGUGAGUGAAACACAAGUUUUGAGUAUUUGUCAUUUAAAAAUGGCACUUUGCACCAUGAACACAUUUUGUGCAACAUAAAGUGUGUGUCUUUGGUUAUGCUGUUUUAGUAGUGCUCGGUAUUGUCCCAGUGCAGAGCCGGCACAGCCAGUAAGACCAGUUUAAGUGACAAAAAAAUAAUGAUUCUCACACCUUGUAGGCCCAGAAAGUGUCAGAGGUUUCCUCAAACAAAAGUGUAAAGAAGGUUUUGAAGCCACUCCUGCAGCAUGAUCGGUUCUUCUGUAUGGCCAGGAUGUCUACGAACUCUUGGUUUCAACAGUGUUAAGUUUUAGUAAGUCCAACAUGCGGCUGUGUGAGCAUCAGCUCGAUGUAACUGGAUUAAAACACUGGACAGUGAAAGUUACUGUAUGAAUGCUCAUAACGAGGUAUAUCCUUCAGUGGAACACAGGUGACUUGGUGUUUACGUUUACUUCAUAUUUUUGAUUUGGGUGCUGCCACAGAUUUCACUGAGAAGAGAUCUAAAGAGAUGUCAAACCCGUUCUACAUGUAUUAUAGUCGAAUAUAUUUUUGUAGUCUUUUUCAGACGUUUACAACUCUCAUUGUUGAAUGUACCUUUUUUUUUUAACAUGGCUUAUUUGUGUUUAUUUUAAAGAUCUUUUGGUUUACUUAAAUUAUUUCCAGAAGUCGGUCAACCUUCACAUCUGCUGUUGUGCGUUCUCAGGUUUGCAGGAUAAGUAGUACAGUUAUUAAUGUACCGUGGUUACAUUUGUUUACAUUUUUAUGUGAACUUUUAUGCAGACGAUGCAGAAACUCUGCUUCCGUCACAUCUUUGUCUACAAAAGUAUGAGAAGGAAAUCUUCCUUCACUUAAAUCAUCACACGUUGUUGGUGUGUGUCGUGUUAAGUUACUGUUACGAUGGUUAGAAACAUGUAUUAUUCUGUCUCAGGUAAAUCCAGUGUUAUUAAUAACCUGUACCGUGUAGUUUCAGAAGUUAUUAAAGGCCAGUCUACCGUGAGCUAUGAUCAGCAUUCCUUAAACUCAAACCAGAGGUUAAACUGGAUGUGAAGAAUCCUUGAAGUCAAAAAAAAAGAUGCUAUACUUGUGAGACAAAAGUCUCCUCGUGUGUGUCUGGAUCAUAUGCAAUUUAGUUGUACUGACCCUUUGCUUUAACUAGUGAUGAAUUAAUAUCAGUAUUACUGUUGUAGUACACAGAUUUGACUUCACAGUACUCUACCUCUUACCCUUACAUUUUUAUUUUUUAGAGUUGUGCUCGUGUGAUGAGUUUGCCGGGCAUUGUUUUUAUUCAAUUAAAAUGGGAUUUAAAU